AUGAAUGGGACAGAAGCUCCCGUCAAUGCCAGGCGAAGACUGCCGUUCUUCCGCAGUUCUCGGGCCCAACCCAGCCAGCCCAUCGCUCAACGCCGCAAAUCCACCGUCCAUUGGCAUCGCGGCCUCCGCUCUUUAUUCUAUCUACUCGCCUUUAUAUUCCUAAUUUUGGUCGAGAUCGGAAAUCUUUCCAACAAACCCGUCUUGCGCAACACCUACUUUCUCUACCUGGAUCUCUCCAACAUUAUCCCAGUCUCCGUCCCAGAUGCCGUCCUAAUCAACUCCAUUGCCCGAUCCAUUGGUCUGCACGACUUCUACCAGGUCGGCCUAUGGAAUUUCUGUGAGGGAUAUGACGAUGAGGGCAUCACUCACUGCUCCAAACCGGAGACCCUGUACGCCUUCAACCCGGUUAAAAUCUUAGUCGGUGAACUCCUAUCGGGCGCCAGUAUUGCACUGCCCUCCGACAUCACCAGCCCACUCGAGCUCGCCCGGCUCGCGUCCCGAUGGAUGUUCGGCAUUUUCCUCGCGGCGACCGUUCUGAAUUUCCUGAUGAUUUUCAUCAGCCCGUUCGCCGUCUCCUCCCGCCCGCCACAAGCCAUUAAAUACCUGGUUGACAAGGAUCAUUCCAAUGGCGCCAAUGGCGACUCCACAUCCGUCCGCAUGCCCCACCGUCGCGGCCGCUUUAUCUUCUUCCGCUCCCUCCCCUUUUUAUUCCUUACUUUCUUCACGGCGCUGCUGACCAUCGUCGGCUCCGUCGUGGGAACAGUCAUGUUUGUGAUUUUCGCCAAUGUCUUCUCGACGGCUGAUCCCAGCUUGAAUAUCAAGGCUCAUGUCGGCAAGCAGAUGUUUGCCUUUAUGUGGAUCGCGUCGGCAUUUAGCUUAAUUGGGUUCAUUAUUCAAUUUGGUGAUUGCUGCGCGGCUUGCUGUGGUGGUCGCAAGGCUCGCAAGAAGUUGAAGCAGGAUGGAAAUGGAAUGGCCUUGCGGGAGAAGGAGAAGUCUCCCAUCCAGAAUGAACUUGGAAAUGGAAAUGGAAAUGGACAUGGAGGGUAUGCUGCAGCUGAUGCGCAGUAUGAACCCCAUGCCGUCACUUCCGACUAA